UUAAACAAUUGUAUUAUUGUCAUUCUGAAAACAACUGCUAACUGUUGUUCAUACCAUAUCUUCCGUUGACUGAUUGAGAGCCUCAAAAGGCACCUUUACUAUAUAAACAGAAGUGCCUGAUUAAAAUCAUUUAUUGGACAAUGUCACUGGAAAAUGGGAAAUAAACAAGAAACCUAUCUUCUCCUUUUUCUUUUCCUGAUCUUAGCUGCUUUGUCAUCUCAAGUUUAUUGUUUCUCUAGUGAUUUCUCAAUAAUAGAUAGACCAAAUGAGUUCAUAUCAGAUGGAAGAGUUUCCCAACUGUUCCAAGAAUGGAAACAGAAGCAUGGGAAAGUUUACAAGGAUGAGAAAGAGGAGGAAAUGAGGUUGGAGAAGUUUAGAAGGAAUGUGGAGUAUAUAGUGGAAAAGAACUCAAAGAGGAAGUCACCUUCAGACCAUUUGGUUGGUCUGACCAAUUUUGCUGAUAUGAGCAAUGAGGAGUUCAGGGAAGUUCAUGCUUCAAAGAUAAAGAUACCCUUUAACAAGAGACAGAUUAUUCAGAUGAAGAGUGUGGAAACAAAACCAACUCCAAUUUCUUGUGAUGCUCCUCCUUCAAAGGAUUGGAGGAAACAUGGCGCUGUCACUGAGGUCAAGAACCAAGACCUAUGUGGAGCUUGCUGGGCAUUUUCAGCAUGUGGAGCCAUGGAGGGAAUAAAUAAAAUAGUUACUGGUGAACUUAUUAACCUUUCUGUCCAACAACUUGUCAAUUGUGAUAAUUCAAGCAAUACCGGCUGUUAUGGUGGAUAUAUGGACCCUGCUUUUGAGUGGGUGAUCAAUAAUGGUGGCAUCAAUUCAGAAGCUGAUUAUCCAUACACUGUCUCUCAAGGCGCAUGCAAUAUCACCAAGGUGAACCAUAAGGUUGUAACAAUUGAUGGAUACCGAGAUGUUCCCCAGGGUGAAACUGCGCUUCUUUGUGCUGUUGCUCAACAACCUGUCAGUGUGGGCAUCGAUGCAACGAGUGCUGAUUUUCAACUAUAUAGAGGGGGAAUCUAUGAUGGAAGUUGCUCUAGUAGUCCAGAUGACUUGAGCCAUGGAGUACUGAUAGUAGGAUAUGGUUCUGAAGGAGAUGAUGACUACUGGAUAAUCAAGAAUUCAUGGGGUACAUCAUGGGGAGUGGAGGGGUAUGGAUAUAUAAGAAGAAACAGUGAUUUGCCAUAUGGUGUUUGUGGCAUUAAUUCCUUGGCUUCUUAUCCAACGAAGGAACUGUCUUCUGCACUAUCUCCUUAUCCGUCUCCGGCCGUUGCACCACCACCUCCACCGUCCCCUCCGCCCUCUCCACCACCUUCCACACCAUCUCCUUAUCCGUCUCCAGACGUUCCACCACCUCAUCCACCAUCCCUUAUGCCCCCUCCACCACCUUCCACACCAUCUCCUUACCCGUCUCCAGACGUUCCACCGCCUCCUCUGCCAUCCCCUGCGCCCCCUCCACCACCUUCCACACCAUCUCCUUAUCCGUCUCCCGACGUUCCACCGCCUCCUUCACCAUCCCCUCCGCCCCCUCCACCACCUUCCACACCAUCUCCUUAUCCGUCUCCAGACGUUCCACCGCCUCAUCCACCAUCCCUUACGCCCCCUCCACCACCUUCCACACCAUCUCCUUAUCCGUCUCCGGACGUUCCACCACCUCCUCCACCACCUUCCACACCAUCUCCUUAUCCGUCUCCAGACCUUCCACCACCUCCUUCACCAUCCCCUCCGCCCCCUCCACCACCUUCUACACCAUUUCCUUAUCCGUCUCCAGCCGUCCUACCACCUCCUCCACCAUCUCCGGCCGUUCCACGGUCCCCUCCGCCCCCUCCACCUCAUCCACGAUCCCCUCCACCCCCUCCGCCAACCGCUCCACCACCAUUCUAUCCACCAUUUCCUCCACCAUCCCCUCCUCCCUCUCCACCACCAUCCCCUCCGCCACCUUCACCACCUCCUCCACAGUCCCCUCCACCCCCUCCGCCACUAUCCCCACCGCCACCAUCCCCUCCACCACCUCCUCCGCCAUCCCCACCGCCAUGCCCUCCACCACCUCCGCCACCAUCCCCACCGCCACCUCCUCCACCAUCCCCUUCUCCACCUCCUCCUCCAUCCCCUCCGCCGCCAUCCCCUCCGCCCCUUUCACCACCUCCUCCACAAUCCCCUCCACCCCCUCCACCAUCCCCACCGCCACCAUCUCCUCCUCCACCGCCUCCACCAUCCCCACCGCCACCAUCUCCUCCUCCACCAUCCCCACCGCCACCAUCCCCGCCACCACCUCCUCCACCAUCCCCACCGCCACCAUCCCCUCCACCACCUCCUCCUCCAUCCCCACCGCCGCCAUCCCCUCCGCCCCCUUCACCUCCUCCUCCACCACCUCCUCCACCAUCCCUUCCACCCCCUCCACCACCUUUUCCAAAACCAAGUGAAUGUGGAGCCUGGCGUUAUUGUCCUGAAGAUCAAACAUGCUGCUGUGAGCGGUACUACUUUGGCAUAUGCUUCAUUCACAACUGCUGUCCUUAUGAGGAUGGCGUUUGCUGUCAUGGAUCAGACUAUUGCUGCCCAAUUGAAUAUCCCAUUUGUGAUGUUUAUGAAGGCCUCUGCCUGAAGAGGUUUGAAGAUACUUUGGGAGUGGCAGCAAAGAAGAGAAGAAUGGCCAAAUACAAGUUACCAUGGAGUACAAGCACUAAAGAAACAGAGGAGAUGGGCCAAACUCUGAAAUGGAAGAGGAAGCAUGUUCUCCAAAUGUUCUAAGCUAAACAAUUCUUAUCAUGUCAUUCGACAUUCUUAAGAAUAAAUUUGGUUCUGGUUCUAACACCAAGUAUUUUGAUGAAUUAAACUUGUUAGCUGAAACCACUUCCUCAAUAAAUCUUGGUUGUGCAAAUAUAUGUAGUUCUUGAAAUAAAGGACUGGAAAGAGAUGUAGACCCAAAAUUCGACCAGCCACAAUGUCACAAGCAUUUCGUCAGCAGAUGCACUAUAUCUUUGGUGAAGGUGGUCUUGGAUGUAUCUUAAGCAUUUUCUUUUUUAUAUAUAAUAUAUACUUGAUCAAGGAAAA